CAAGGUGAUCAGAGGCUCUCUAAGCCUUUAAAUUUUUUUUUUUUUUUUUUUUUUUUUACUUUGAGACAGAGUCUCACUAAAUUGCUAAGAUGCCCAGGCUGGCUUUGAAUUUGCCAUCCUCCUGCCUCAGCCUUCCACCGCUUGGAUCACAGAUGUGCCUGGCUUUCUUAGUCCACAUUUGAUGCUGUAGCAAAAUACCCGAGACUGGGUAGUUUACAAAGGAAAGGAGUUUACUGUUCUGAAGGCUGGAAGUCCAACACUGGGUGGCUCCAUCUGGCAAGGACCUGGUGCUGUGUAUGACUUGGGGGAAAGCAAAAGGCAAGCAGGCUUUGUAGGACAGAGAGAAGGGCUGGGCUCGCUUUCCAGCAACCCACUAACCUGCUACCCUGAUAAAGGCAUUAAUCUCUUCUGACCCAAUCCCCCUCUCACCUAAUCCUCUCCUAACCUCAUCCCCACCUCUCAGCCCUACACUGGGGCUCACCUUCACAGGAGUUUUGGGAAGGAUGAGUUGCAUUCCCACCCUGCCAGGUGCAGAAGCUUUGGCACCCACUUCCCGUGAAGAAGUCAAUCAGUUUUUGGAGGAUUGGCUGGAAGCUGAGGUGUUCGCAGAGCACAUGCGCAUUAAGGGUUUGGAUAUGAUUUCUUGGAGUCCACAGAGCUCAGCGGGACUCUUGGGGGGCUUUGGAGUUGGAGCCAAGGGCACCCCGAGGCCACGGGUUCACUCUGUGGACUUGGCACCAGAUCACGUGUUGUUGCUGCACAGAAGGUGUUUCCUUUAAUCCCAGAUAACUCCUUGAGGCGAGUGCCAGUAUUAUCCCCGCGUACAUGGGGGACCCUGAGCCUGGAGAGGCAAAGACCCAACUCUAGGCCACAGCCAGGGUGGGGGAGGACACUCAGUUGCCGGCCUGGGCUGAGCCGUCAGGCCCGCGUCCUUUGCCCUGCACCUGUGGCAGGGAGAUGCCUCUCCCCUCCCAGCGCCGGGUAGCAACCGUGUGAGUCCGUUGUGGGUCAUUGGAGAUGCUCCUGCGGGCUGGGAACUCUGGCUCUCCCCGCCUGCGGCUGCUCACCCCACACUGUGGACCUGGAAAACUCUAGGGCCCGGCAGCCCAGCAAGGGUGCAGAGUAGGGGUCGUCACCUCCAGGUCCUGCUCUCUUCCUUUCUCCCUUUCCCUUUCUUCUUCUCCUACCUCUAUCUCUGCCCCUCCCCCUCUCCUCCACCCUACCCUCACCCAGCCCCGCCCCGACUCCGCCCACUGCCUGGUCACGUGGGGGCGCCGCCGGAUUUAAGCUUAAUCUGCCUGGUGCUCAGCGCAGCAGCCUGGCCUGGACCAUUCCAGCUGGGUUGCUUUUGGGGCCUUAGUGAAGGGGGCCAAGGGGGGCCCACAGCCACUCCCCCCAUGAACCUGGGGCUGGCGGGGUCGCUGGAGGUUCAGCUAGCAUUGGAGACCGUCAUCCAGACCCUGGAGAGCAUCGUCCUCCAGCCAGACCAGGAGAAAGGUCUGAGUGUGCAGGACCUGGCCUGGGGCUCUCCGAUUGGCUGCCUGCCUUCCUGUAUCAGGGAGAUUGUCUCCCGCAACCUCAACCAGCCCAAGAGCCCAGCCCCUCCGCCGGCCCUGGAAAUGGCAUCACUUCUGCCGAUGCAGGAGGAGAACCGGUUACUGCAGCAGGAGCUGUCCCGUCUGGAGGACCUGCUGGCCCAGAGCCGCGCUGAGCGAGAUGAGCUGGCCAUUAAGUAUACUGCGGUCAGCGAGAGGCUGGAGCAGGCGAUGCGGCUGGAGUCUGGAGAGCUGGAGACACAGGAGCCCCAGGGGCUGGUUCGGCAGAGUGUGGAGCUUCGGAGGCAGCUUCAGGAGGAGCAGGCCUCCUACCGGCGCAAGCUGCAGGCCUACCAGGAGGGCCAGCAGCGGCAGGCCCAGCUGGUGCAGAGGCUGCAGGCCAAGAUUCUCCAGUACAAGACGAAGUGCUCAGAGCUGGAGCAGCAGCUGCUGGAGCGGUCCACAGAGCUGGAACGGCACCGGCUGAAGGACACGGAGCACCGCCAAGACCUGGAGAGCGCCCUCCUCCGCCUGGAGGAGGAACAGCAGAGAAGCGCCAGCCUGGCCCAGGUGAACGCCAUGCUUCGAGAACAGUUGGACCAGGCGGGCUCGGCCAACAAGGCUCUGAGCGAGGACAUACGCAAAGUGACCAGUGACUGGACACGCAGCUGCCAGGAGCUGGAGCAGCGGGAGGCAGCAUGGAGGCGUGAGGAGGAGUCCUUCAACGCCUACUUCAGCAGUGAGCACAGCCGCCUGCUGCUCCUCUGGAGACAGGUCGUGGGGCUCCGGCGGCUGGUCAGCGAAGCCAAGAUGUACACGGAGAGGGACCUGCUGCAGCUGGGAGGGGAGCUGGCCCGGACAUCACGGGCUGUGCAGGAGGCCAGCCUAGGGCUGAGUGCGGGUCUGCAGCUGGCUGAGAGCCGGGCAGAGGCGGCUCUAGAGAAGCAGGCACUGCUGCAAGCACAGCUGGAGGAACAGCUUCGGGACCAGCUGCUGCGUGAGAAGGACCUGACUCAGCAGCAGGCCCAGAGUGACCUCGACAAAGCCAGCCUCAGCACCCGAGUGACAGAGCUGGCCCUGGCAGUGGAGCGCCUUCAGAGCCAGAACCUGGAGAAGGAUCGGGUCAACAAGGCCCUGACGGAGAAGCUGGAGGCCCUGGAGUCUCUGCGGCUCCAGGAGCAGGCAGCUCUGGAGCCAGAUGAUGGAGAGGGGCUGCAGCAGACCCUGAGGGACCUGGCACAGGCAGUCCUGUUGGACCCGGAGAGUGGCAUCCAGCUCAGCGGCUCCGAGCGCACUGCUGACGCCUCCGAUGGCAGCCUGCGGGGGCUCUCUGGCCAGCGGACCCCAUCCCCGCCGCGCCGCUCCUCGCCUGGCCGUGGCCGUUCUCCCCGCCGAGGCCCGUCCCCGGCCUGCUCAGACUCCUCCACGCUCGCCCUUAUUCACUCCGCCCUGCACAAGCGCCAGCUCCAGGUCCAGGACAUGCGUGGGCGCUACGAGGCCAGCCAGGACCUGCUGGGCACCCUGCGGAAGCAGCUUGGUGACAGCGAGGGUGAGCGGCGUGCCCUGGAGGAGCAGCUACAGCGCCUGCGGGACAAGUCGGAGGGAGCCGCCCAGGCCCACGAGGAUGCCCAGCGCGAGGCUCAGCGUCUGCGUAACGCCAAUGACCUCCUGAGCAGGGAAAAGGGCAGCCUGGCUCACAGCCUGCAGGUGGCCCAGCAGCAGGCCGAGGAGCUGCGCCAGGAGCUGGAGAAGCUGCAGGCUGCCCAGGAGGAGCUGCGGCGGCAGCGGGAUCGCCUAGAGGAAGAGCAAGAGGAGACGGUGCAGGACGGUGCCCGGGCCCGCAGGGAGCUGGAGCGCAGCCACAGACAGCUGGAGCAGCUGGAAUUGAAGCGCUCGGGGCUGGCGAAGGAGCUGGUGGAGGUGCGGGAGGCGCUGAGCUAUGCCUCCCUACAGCGGGACGUGCUGCAAGCUGAGAAGGCCGAGGUGGCUGAGGCACUGACCAAGGCAGAGGCUGGCCGAGUGGAGUUCGAGCUGUCCAUGACCAAGCUGAGGGCAGAGGAGGCCUCUCUGCGCGAUGCCCUGUCCAAGCUGAGCGCCCUCAACGAGAGCCUCGCUCAGGACAAGCUGGGCCUGAAUCGUCUCGUCGCUCAGCUGGAGGAGGAAAAGGCAGCCUUGCUGGGGAAGCAGCGGCAGGCAGAGCAUGAGGCCACCUCAGCUUUGGAGGAGCAGCGGCGGCUGGAGCAGCUGCGGCUGGAGCAGGAGGUGGAGCGGCAGGGCCUGGAGGGCUCCCUGCACUCCGCUGAACAGGCCCGGGACGAGCUGGGGCAGCAGCUCCACACGCUGCGUGGCGAGCAUAGCCGGCUGCAGGAGCAGCUGGCCCAGCUCUCGCGGCAGCUGAGCGGGAGGGAGCAGGAGCUGGAGCAGGCCCAGCGGGAGUCGCAACGGCAGGUGGAGGCACUCGAGCGAGCCACCCGGGAGAAAGAGGCGGUGGCCAAGGAGCGAGCCAGUCUGGUUGUGCAGCUGGCGGCAGCCGAGCGCGAAGGCCGGACCCUGGCAGAGGAAGUCACGCGUCUGCGCUUGGAGAAGGAAGCCCUGGAGAGCAGCCUGUUUGAGGUGCAAAGGCAGCUGUCUCAGCUUGAGGCCCGCCGCGAGCAGCUGGAAGCCGAUGGACAGGCCCUGCUGGUGGCCAAGGAAACCCUGGCCGGGGAGCUAGCAGGCCUGCGGCAGCAGAUAGCAAACACAGAGGAGAAGGCAGCUCUGGACAAGGAGCUCAUGGCCCAGAAACUGGCGCAGGCUGAGCGAGAAGCCCAGGCCUCUCUACGGGAGCAGCGGGCAGCCCACGAAGAGGACCUGCAGCGACUCCAUCGAGAGAAGGAAGUGGCCUGGCGGGAGCUUCAGACAGAGCGGGCCCAGCUGCAGGGCCAGCUGCAGCGGGAGCGGGAGGAGCUGCUGGCCCGGAUGGAGGCUGAGAAGGAGGAACUGAGCGAGGAGAUCGCCGCACUGCAGCAGGAGCGGGAUGAGGGCCUGCUCCUGGCUGAGAGCGAGAAGCAGCAGGCCCUGUCCCUGAAGGAGUCGGAGAAGACAGCGCUGUCAGAGAAGCUGAUGGGGACACAGCACAGCCUGGCUGCCAUCUCCUUGGAGAUGGAGCGGCAGAAGCGAGAUGCCCAGAGCCGGCAGGAGCAGGACCGGAGCACCGUGAAUGCCCUGACGUCCGAACUUCGAGACCUCCGGGCCCAGCUUGAGGAGGCCGCUGCUGUCCACGCCCAGGAAGUGCAGAGGCUGCAGGAGCAGGCCCGGGACCUGGGCAGGCAGCGGGAGUCCUGCCUGCGGGAGGCAGAAGAGCUUCGGGCUCAGCUGCGCCUGCUGGAGGACGCGAAGGACGGGCUGCGGCGGGAGCUGCUGGAGACCCAGCGCAAGGUGCGCGACAGCCAGGAAGGCCGAGAGGCCCAGCGCCAGGAGGCCAGUGAGCUGCGGCGCAGCCUGAGCGAGGGCGCCAAGGAGCGUGAGGCCCUGCGGCACUCCAAUGAGGAGCUGCGGGCGGCCGUGCGGAGGGCGGAGAGCGAGCGCAUCAGCCUGAAGCUGGCCAACGAGGACAAGGAGCAGAAGCUGGCGCUCCUGGAGGAGGCGCGGGCAGCCGUGGGCAAGGAGGCCGGGGAGCUGCGUGCAGGGCUGCAGGAAGCAGAGCGCUCGCGGCUGGAGGCGCGGCGGGAGCUGCAGGAGCUGCGGAGGCAGAUGAAGAUGCUGGACAGUGAGAACGCCAGGCUGAGCCAGGAGUUGGCAGAGCUGCAGGGCCGCCUGGCCCUGGGUGAGCGGGCAGAGAAGGAGAGCCGCAGGGAGGCCCUGGGUCUGCGGCAGAAGCUACUGAAGGGUGAGGCCAGCGUGGAGGCCGUGCAGCAGGAGCUCCAGGGAUGCCAGCGGAAGCUGCAGGAGCAGGAGGCCGCGUUCCGGGCCCGCGAGCGAGGCCUGCAGGGCUCCCUGGAGGAGGCGCGUGGGGCGCAGAAGAAGCAGCUGGACCACGCCCGCAGCCUGGAGCUAAAGCUGGAGGCGGCCCGGGCAGAGGCCGCAGAGCUGGGGCUGCGGCUGAGCGCGGCAGAGGGCCGAGCGCAGGGCCUGGAGGCAGAGCUGGCCCGCGUGGAGGCGCAGCGGCGCGCUGCAGAGGCCCAGUUGGGCGGCCUGCGCUCCGCUCUGCGCCGGGGCCUGGGCCUGGGCCGAGUGCCCAGUCCCGCCCCGCGUCCCGCGCCUGGCUCCCCGGCCAGCGACUCGCCCGUAGGAGGAAGUGGAGAAGGACUCAGCAGCCCCAGCCCCUUGGAACGCAGCCCUGAGUCCCAGCCCCCGUCCCCAGGACCUGCCACCUCCCCGGGCCCUGCAGACCUGGACCCAGAGGCAGUGAGAAGUGCUCUCCGGGACUUCCUGCAGGAGCUGUGGGGCACCCAGCGAGAGCGGGAUGAGCUCCGGGCCCAGACCAGCACCCUCAGUCGGCAGCUGGCUGAGAUGGAGGCCGAGAAGGACAGUGUGACUUCUCGGGCCAGGCAGCUGCAGAAGGCCGUGGCCGAGAGCGAGGAAGCCCGGCGCAGUGUGGAUGGGCGGCUGAGCGGGGCCCAGGCGGAGCUGGCACUACAGGAGGAGAGCGUGCGGCGUAGUGAGCGGGAGCGCAGGGCCAUGCUGGACCAGGUGGCCUCCCUGGAGAGGAGCCUGCAGGCCACCGAGAGCGAGCUCCGGGCCAGCCAGGACCCUUCUCUGACUGACCCCAAACACGGGAGGGAGGGGAGUUCUUCCUGGAAGCCCUGGAAUGCCACAGUGCUUUGGGUUCAGCUCUGGUUAUACAUGUAGCUUCUGGACGCCCUGGACAGUGCUUCUGGGGAGCUGGGGAGCGCCCUGGAACCUGCAUGUUCAGCCUUCUCCCACAACUCUUAUGGUACCCUGGACCAAUGAAGACCCCCCCAGGGUCAGAGUAUGGGACGGGUCACAGGCAAACCCCAUGGUGAUCUGGGGUCCUUGGACCCACUCAUCCUGGGGACACUUGAGGGCACUGAGAACCCCGGAGGGGCUCAGGCUGGGACCUGGCCACACCGUCUUUGAGGCUGCCCCCCACUCUAGCUAAGGGAGGUGGGGGAUGGGUGUGGGGUACACACAGCACCGGGGCCUGCGCCUCCCCCUCUGCAGGAGAAGAUGAGCAAGAUGAAGGCCAAUGAGGCGAAGCUGGAGAGCGACAAACGGCGCCUGAAGGAGGUGCUGGAUGCCUCCGAGAGCCGCACCAUCAAGCUGGAGCUGCAGCGGCGGGCGCUCGAGGGCGAGCUGCAGCGGAGUCGCCUGGGCCUCAGUGACCGUGAGGCCCAUGCACAGGCCCUGCAGGAUC